AUGGAGGGGAUGAGCAUGAGCUCGAGUCCCAUGUUCAGGACGUUUGACUCCAAGUUGGCGAGAGCUUAUUGGUAUAUCAUUGCCGCCGUCUUGGGCUUUGCGCUGUUGCUGAGAGCGUUGGACUACUAUCAGACUUGGUCAAGACUCCGUGUAUGCCGGACCCGAAAAUCAAUCAAGCACCCCACGAAGGUCAACGGCGUUCCGAUGCAGUGCUAUGCGACAGCCACCGCCAUCCUCCGCGAAGCAAGCUAUCCCCAGAUCUAUUUCGGCGGGCUGUUCUCGUGGCUGAGCCCACCUCCCCUCGGGCGCUUGUUGGUACUCGGCUGUUACUGGGCUGUGGUUGUGUACAUGAUGACCUACAAAGCCAUCAUUCACGACGCGAAUUACUACGAGAGACUCGGAUUCCGAAAUGCAUGGAUCUCGGUCACACAGGUCCCGCUCGUUUACCUUUUGGCCACGAAGUCGAGUCUCAUCGGAUUUAUCCUGGGAAGCUCGCAUGAGCGGCUCAAUUGGUUGCAUCGGUGGGUGUCGAGAACCUUGCUGCUGACCGUGACAGUUCACGGAGCAUUCUUCGUGACUGAGUGGGUGCGAGCGGACUUCUUCCAGCUGGAAUUAGAGAUGAUGCCCAUGGUUAAGUACGGCAUGGGAGCAUGGGGCGUCCUCGUCUGGACGUUCUUCGCCUCCCUCCCACCCUUACGGGGGAUGGCCUACGAGCUCUUCGUACUGCAACACAUCGCAGCUGCAGGGGUCUUCCUCUGGCUACUGUACGUCCACGUUCCUGACUACGCCAGAUACAACAUCUGGUUCGCCAUCGCAGCCAUCUCCUCGGACUGGAUCCUCCGAGGCUUCCUCACGAUUCUCGGAAACUUCCGUCCCAAGUCCAAGAAAGCCUGCAACGGUACCCAGCGUAUCGGUCACGAAAUAUCUGCCGAAGCUCUUGGCAAAGACCUAACAAUCGUCACGAUCAGAGACGUGCACAUCUCGUGGAAACCAGGACAGCACAUCUAUCUCUGGCUUCCCUACCUCGGUCCUCUUGAGUCCCAUCCUUUCACGAUAGCUAGCCCAUACACGACGGGGGCGGAUUGCCAUUGUAAUGAAAUUCAGCUUGCGAUCCGCGCGCACUCGGGAUUCUCACGUCGGAUCCACAAUUUUGCAGAGGAGAACGAGGCAACCGCGAAGAAUUCUCUGACAGGCUUCAUCUCCGGACCUUACGGGGCACCACCUCACUGGGAAGCUUUCGAGACGCUGGUUCUGAUAUCAGCCUCAACAGGGGCAUCCUAUACCCUGCCCAUACUCGAGAGUCUCCUCGCGUGCCCGACGACAAUCUGCACUCGGCGGAUCUCCUUCCUGCUGAUUGUCAAAGAAAGCUCGCAUUGCGAAUAUUACCAGAAUCGCCUCACUAAAGCGUUGGCACAAGCUGAAGCCCGCGGCAUUGACCUAGAUGUCGAGAUUGCGGUUACAGGGCAAGCAUCAUCGCUCGUUGAGAGUGAUCGCAAAGAUAGCAAAGCCCUCAUAGAUACCGUCGUCGAGGAAAGAAAGUCAGGAUCAAGCAUCGAUGAAGGGACAGAAGAAGAGAAAGCAAGUAUCCUGUCCAAAUCAGAUUCCAUAUCCUCCCUUUCCAUCUCCAAAGCACCGCCUUCUCAGCCCGUUAAGAAUAGUAAAUUCUGCUGUAGCUGCAGCGACGGCCCGGGACCGUGCUGCUGCGCCGGCCCUAGUGCAGUCACGAGGAGGGAGAUUGUGUACUCGUACGCCCGGCCUGAUAUAGGGUCAUUCAUCAGGGGUCCGGUCGAGAGGACAGGCGGCGAGACGUCUGUUGCAGUAUGCGGGGGCAAGUCGCUCGUGGCUACGGUGAGAAACCAGGUGGUGCGGCUGAGUGAUGAUAGGGGUGUGCAUAAAGGGACGGGUGCGCAGGGUAUACAUUUGCAUGUUGAGGAGUAUUCUUUUUAA